GUCUAGCAUGCAACAAUAGGGGUUGCUUCCCAGAGCCGUUGCUCGCAUUCUUAUUAAGCGGGUUUCUCUGUCCUCGACCUGUCAGUCAUACAAAGGAGGCGGAACUACAGUGGACCCUGUCAAAAGCACGAAUCUAAUACAGGAUCGGAGAUUCAGGGAUUCACCACCCGAUCAGCCCGGAGCCUGCUCGACCCUGAUCGGGUGUUUUGACUUUCUCUUCUCUUCUCAUUUCUUUCUUUUGUUCAAAUUUUGAUACUCCUUCUACGGAGAGUAUUUAGUAGUCACCGAGAGAGAGAUGUCGAAUUUGUACGGAGAUUUCAAUCAGAAGAUCGAUUACGUGUUCAAGAUCGUACUGAUUGGAGACUCGGCAGUCGGGAAAUCGCAGCUCCUGUCGCGUUUCGCCAGGAACGACUUCAGCCUGGAUUCCAGGGCCACGAUUGGGGUGGAGUUCCAGACCAAGACGCUCGUCAUCGACCACAAGACGGUCAAGGCUCAGAUUUGGGACACUGCUGGACAAGAAAGAUACCGGGCAGUAACAACCGCGUACUACAGAGGUGCAGUGGGGGCAAUGCUAGUUUAUGACAUAACCAAGCGCCAGACCUUUGAUCAUGUGGCAAAGUGGUUAGAGGAAUUGCGGGCCCAUGCAGAUAAUAACAUUGUAAUAAUGCUUGUAGGCAAUAAGUCCGACCUAGGGACGCUCCGCGAUGUUCCCACUGAAGACGCCAAAGACUUUGCCCAGAGAGAGAACCUUUUCUUCAUGGAAACAUCAGCCCUUGAAGCGACUAAUGUGGAAAUAGCAUUCCAAACAGUUCUAACAGAGAUCUACCGAAUCGUCAGUAAAAAAUCCCUUGUUGCCAAUGAGGAAGCUGAAUCUGCUGGGAGUUCUGCACUUCUUAAGGGAACCAAGAUUGUUGUCCCUGGACAGGAGCCAGUUUCAGGAGGGAGCAAGUUCAGUUGUUGUUCGUAUUCCUAGGCCUUCUAACCUUGUACACUGGAGUAUGCUGUUUGUAACUUAAGGAGAUUAUGGGAGGACACCAAUUGGUAUAUCAGAUGGUCAUGUCUCCUCUUGUAGAAACUGCUAAUUGGUUGAUGGUGUAGAUUAUCGACAGACCAGACCAAUGAGUUUCACGAUGUUGCAUGGGAAAAUUACUGUUGAGGCUGUAGAUUAUUUGACAGUGAUCGUAAUUUAGCCUCAGUAAAUUGCUGAAACAAGGAAAUUUGUUUUUAAUGUUUUGUAUUUCACAAAUUCAAACCACAAAAUAUUUGGAUGUUGAUUGGCUGAGAGACAGCAGCAGCCUCGAGGGAUUUUUAUUUUUGUAUUUUGAAGAUUUUGGUAUUAUAUGAGAUGCAUAAAGAACAAUACUAUAA